UCAUCACCGCGUCAUAUAAUGUUUCAGCCGACGCCCCUCCCCCUGUCUCGUUUUCUCCCCUCACUCAACCUCUCCUUUGACUCACAGAGGCGGCUCAGCACCGGCGCACGGACCGCGGAGAAUACGGCGCAGAAGAUGGCUGACUCGGCCGGGCACCGCGAGCCCUCGGCGGCAUCCCCGGCGUCACUCGGGCCGCUGAAGAUCCGCAGGACCACCGUCGUGUGGCGGCUGUAAACAGCUGUCGCUGCUUCUCUCUCUCACGCACACACGCCCCCCUCCUCCUCCACCUCCCCUCCUCACCGCAAAUAUUGACAGAAGUAUCACAGAGAAAACAUGGCAGAGAUGGAAAAAGAGGGCAGACCUCCGGAAAAUAAAAGAAGCCGCAAGCCAGCGCACCCGGUGAAAAGGGAAAUAAAUGAAGAGAUGAAGAAUUUUGCAGAGAACACUAUGAAUGAGUUGCUGGGUUGGUACGGCUAUGAUAAGGUGGAGCUAAGGGACGCUGACAACCUGGAGAUUGGAGAGAUGCCAAAGCACAUCUCAGUGCUAAAAGAAAACGCAUUGCCAAAAAUCCCAAGUUCGACAGAGAGCAGUGAAGUCUCAGAUAGAGCCAACAGCUCCCUGUCCUCGCCAAACUCAAGAAACGGAGUCACAGAGCCAUCCAGCACUCCGUCCACCUCCACACCCAGUACCAAGGACCAUGGCAACAUGCCCAUUGUGGUCCCCAUGAUCCCUCCACCGCUUAUCAAGCCCCCUGCAGAUGAAGAUACAUUAAAUGUGCAGAUUAUGUGCGCUUGGUGCCAGAAGGUCGGCGUCAAACGCUAUUCUUUGAGCAUGGGGAGUGAGCUGAAGAGCUUCUGCAGCGAGAAGUGCUUUGCUGCCUGCCGCAGAGCCUAUUUCAAGAGAAACAAGCUGGGAUAUAUAAGGAAUUAUACAACGAGAGACGACGGCGGCCUUGGAGGGAAAUUACCCCGGCACGUCUUUUCUCAGGACGCUCCCCGGCUUGUCUUCAAGACAAACAGCGAUGUUCUUGUGUGUGACUGGUGCAAACAUAUUCGCCACACGAAGGAGUACCUGGAUUUCGGUGCUGGUGAGCGGAGGCUGCAGUUCUGCAGUGCCAAAUGCCUGAACCAAUAUAAAAUGGACAUUUUCUACAAGGAAACCCAGGCUGCCCUGCCUGGAGCUCUGUGUAACCCUGGCCACGGAGCUGGAGGGGAGGGUAAACCAGAGUGCAGUGGAGGGGUGCAGCUGCUGACUCCUGAAUCCUGGGGAACUCCACUAACAGAUCUUCGGCGUAAAGCUCCUUCACCAGCGGGCCAUUCCGGUACCUCUGCCUUGGUCUCUUCCACUUCUUCUGCCACCUCACCAUCUGAAACAGCUGCUGUAUGCUCUCCUUCCUCAUCCACUUCAGCCAAAAUCCCCACACCUAGACCCCAUGAAAGCCCACUUCCCCCACCACCUGUUCCUUUGCACCCACCAGUGGGGAUUCCCUCUGGUAGCCCUCCCAUGGUGAUGACACCCAGAGGGCCCAUGCCCCUGCCUCUCUUCAUGGAACAUCAAAUGAUGCAGCAGAUCCGACCACCAUUUUUUCGCCCCUCUGCCCAUCCAGCAGGACCUAACAGCCCACUCUCAAACCCCAUCAUCCCUGGGAUUGGACCACCGCCACCCCCAAGAACCCUUGGUCCAGCAUCAAGCCCCAUGCACAGGCCCCUCCUCUCUCCACAUGUCCACCAUUCAUCCAAUCCUAAUCCAAGUUUAAUCCCACCUCACCCAGGCUUACCUAUGCCAGGUCUGCCCCCUUUUCCUCCGAUCAACAUGAUGCCCAACGGACACAUCCCUUUGCCCCCAAUGAUGAACUUUGGCAUGCCAUCCCUAGCCCCAUUGGUACCCCCACCAACUCUCUUGGUCCCUUACCCAAUCAUUGUACCUCUCCCAGUUCCAAUACCUAUUCCAAUCCCAAUCCCUUUUAACUCCAAAACAUCUAGGGACCAACCAGAGAGCAGUAGUUCUGUCCAUAGUGCUCCAGAUUCUUCAGAAGCUUCAUCCUCUAGGCCUCACUCUCCAAGUUCUUCUGGAAGUGACAAGGGGGACCACAAGCCAGCAAGUGGAGAACAGGUUUCUCCUGUACCUGGUGAGAGACGCAGGACAGCGUUCAUGGACCUGACUGUGAAGGCAGAAGAGAAUCCAGGCAGUCUUUGUCUUUCCAUGGGCCCUGAACUGAUCGAUGGUGUAAUUGAUCUAACUGUGGGGCAAAAGCCUGGCCAGCAGCAGCUCAUUCAGACCAUGCUGGCUGGAGUCAAGGUCAAAGUGGAGGAAUCAAGAUCUCCACCGGCUGAUGGGUUUGGGAGUGAAUGUAUGGGUAAUGGUGGGGACAAUGCUCUUUUACCACUGGGCAGUUUUACAGAACUGGACACAGAUACACACCUUAAGUCAUUGGACUCUGCAGCUCCACCUUCCAGCAAAACCAAUCUUCCAGGUAGCCAAUUAAAUCCUAAUUUUAAAACAACACCGUUACAUACUUCCGUACGGACCCAGUCCUUAGCCCUUCCUCAGCUCCAAGCUAACUCUGCUGCCCCUUGUAAUGUAAUAGUCAAUGGCACUGGAUGGCAUUCCCUUCUCAAUCCAGACCGAAAAGGAGAGAGAGAGUGGGAGAACCCACCAAAUAAUGGUGACCUGGAGCAUGAGGCGCUGAAAGAAAACAAUUGUUCAGUGGCUGAGGCAGGGAAACGAAUAUCAGCACAAGAUGAGAAAGCGGACACAGAAACGGACAGUAAGCCAAACCCUGACUCCAGCAUGGAGGAGGGUGAACACGCCUACGCCCUACCACUGCUCUCAGCGGGAGGUUGUGUCGUCAUCCAGCCCGUGCCAAAGCCUGCCACUGACAAGACAGCCAUCCUGUCCUGCUCCAUCAGUACACCGCUGUCAGCAGGUGGGAGCCCUGAGCUGGAGCCGCCGUUGAAGAGGAGGUGUCUGCGAAUCCGCAAUCAAAACAAAUGAGAUGGAUGCCCUGACGACCGCAGUGGCAUCAGCGACUCACCUUUCUACCCCCAAAGCUCUAAAGCCCAUCCCCCCGAGCUACACCACUGUUCACAUUCACACACAUGUAGGUUGUUGUCAUCUCACCAUCUACCAGCACUACAAAUCGCCUUUCGAGACUGUUGAGAAUCCAAGAAAACUAAAUUAUGUGUAUCAUAGCAGAGCAGACAGGGCUCCUCUUGUCUGUGUGACAGACCCUUUGAGGGCUGAAUUUUAUAUAUAAGGGACAUCGGCCAGAAGGACCACUUGACCUUUAACCUUGAGACAGUAAACUCUUGCAACAGGAGGAUUAACAGGCCCCCACACCCCAGCUGCUUCUUUUGUUAUUUAAAGAUUUAUUCUGCACUGUCCCCUUUCAACACAAGCACUCUCUAAAUGUUUUUUUUUUUUUUGUUUUUUUUUACUGUGGUGCAUUUUGUGAUAUUCAAAAAUCAAACUGGAACUCGUGGAAAGCUUUGAAACAAGAUGACACUAAAACUAAGGUACUCAAUGUUACCUCAUGCAUUUUGUUUGAUCCUUUGGCUGCACGGUGGCGCAGUUGGUAGCACUGUUGCCUUGCAGCAAGAAGGUCCUUGGUUCGAUUCCCGGCCUGGGGUCUUUCUGCAUGGAGUUUGCAUGUUCUCCCCGUG